CUGAAGUCCUCACCACCCUUUUUAGUCAGGGAGCUCCAGAGAGCAGUUGAUUCCAACAAACACUGUUGUAGGAGAGACUUGCCUGCUACAGUGUACUGUGCCUUACCAACUGCUUGUAAAACUCCAGAGCGACUGCUGCGCUCUGCUCCGUCUCUGGCACCAUGAAGAGAUUAACCGUCCUGACGCUGCUGUCCUCAGCGCUGCUGCUUUGCAGCGCUGCUCCAGCUUUGGAGCGAGUGACAUGCACUGGGGAAAACAGUGCUGCGGGAGGACGCAUGGCAGUGCGACACAUCAACGAGCACCAUCACCAUGGCUACAAGUUCCAACUCGAUCGUGUCUACGGAGUCAUGGGGACAGGGGGUGGAGAUCGCUGUAAUCUUCAUUUGGAGUUGGGUCUUCUGGAGACAGACUGCCACGUUGUCAACCCCAAACACUUUGAGGACUGCAAUCUCCGUAGCGAUGCUGACUGGGAGGUGAUGGCCAACUGCACCGUUGGGAUAUCUAUAAUUAGUGGCAAUGCCAAAAUCGUGGAUUAUAAUUGUAUCACGAGAAGAGUAAAAACUAACAUGGAGAUGGCCAUGAUCUACGCCGACUUACCCAUACUGGUCCCACUCAACGACUCUGACGGUCUCAAGUCUGUGCAUGAAGCUGUGAAGAAAUUCAACCAGAACACCACCAACCAGCACUACUACAUCCUGCAGGAAGUGGGACGCAUAAAAUCUGGGUACAUGAUGGUGGGAGGGAUGUUCUUCUCUGCUCAGUUUGUCGUCGUGGAGACUCACUGCCCAAUGGGAUCCAGAAUCCUACCUGAGGCGUGCAAACCCCUCUGCCCCGACAGAGCCCAUCACGCUUACUGCCGUUCAUUUUAUUCAAUGGAAAAUGGACUCGGGGAUGUCGAAUGUGACUUUUACCCCCCAGUGAACACCACCGCCCUUGCUCCUGGUGAGCCGGAGCCCGUCUGUAGGCCCCCUCAUCCUGCGCACCAUCCUGGCCUCCCUCCCUAUCAUGGCCCUUCAGCACCUCCUCCCCACGCUGGAGGACGCCCACCACAUGGUCAUGGUCAUGGCCAUCCUCCCCACAUUGGAGGACGCCCACCAAGACCUCAUGGUCUUCCUGACUAUACUGGCCCACAUACUGGUCAAAUACCCCCACCCUUCAACCACUGUGAUACACCCUUGAUUAAUAGUGACCCAGCUGUCCACCCUAUUUGCCCCUGGCAUCUUCCUUACAACCGCCCCCAACCGAGACCGAGCCAGUCGUAAAAUAUACGCACAAUGUCAAUCCGAAGGAGCCGUGACUGUUACUGUUCAGACGACUUCACAGUCUCUGAUGUGUGUAAGACAUGUUUACAUGAACAAGCGAAAUAAACUGUCAUGGUGGCUCUGAA